AUGGAUGUUGAUGUUCUGGAAGAUGACGAUGAACGUCCUCAUUCCUAUGUAACAAUUCCCAGUGUUCACCGCACAGAACAUAUAAUCAAGGACAAUUUAGGACAUAUGUACUUUAAAAGUAAAACAACUGAAAGAAAAAUUUAUGUGAGAUGCAAGGAAUAUAAGAGUGGAUGUCCAGCAACAGGAUCGAUAUCGGUAAAUUUAAAUGACAAUGCAUUUUUCAUCAAGAAGCGACAUAAUCAUAGAGUAAGGAGAGAUGAGACAUCCAUGAGGGAAUUACGGAACAUUCUUGCAGAACAGUGUGUAGCUCAUAGUCCUACACCUUAUUCAGCUAAAGCAUUAUACAUGCAAGCAAUUAAAAUUUGUCCAGAAGGAGCAUACAAUUAUACAUACCUCCAAGCCACAGAGAGAAUGCGCCAAAUUAGAAAAUCCAUAUUCCCCCCAACUCCAAGGAAUCUUUUACACCUCCAUCAACUUUUACAAAUUAAUGAAAACCGACACUUUACCCUCACAUUCCAGGCACAACCAAAUCUGUAA